CAACAGAGAGACAGAGGAGGCAACGAACCACAUGCUGUUCACUCAGAACAGGGUCUUCUCUCCUUCUUUUUAACUCCUGUUGGAUCUGCUCUGGCCUCAUCACUCCAUGGGACUCCAGAGCUGGCCAAGAAGAAAACAAGAUCUGUCCUCCAUGGCUUGCCUGGAUGUGGAGAGCCCCUCCAUUUGCAGGGGUAAAUUCAAAUCAGUCCUUCAACAAUGUCUGCAGCAGAGGAGGACAAGGGAGCAGCUUGUGGAGCAAGGCAUAAUGCCACCUCUAAAAAGCCCUGUUGCCUUCCAGAAGCAGAUCCGAAGCCUACAGAGAGCCAGAACAGGGAAUUUCCUAAAGCAUAAACUCUGCAGCAGACCGGAACGCUCAGAACUGAUCCGUAUGCAUAUCCUAGAAGAAACUCCGGCAGAGCCCUCCCUCCAGGCCACACAGAUUAAACUAAAGAGGGCAAGACUGGCCAAUGAUCUAAAUAAGAAAAUCAGCCAGCGACCUGGACCCAUGGAGCUGGUGAAGAAGAUCCUGCCAAUAGACCCUGAAGUUAAAGAACUAAUAAACAAUGGUAAGGCGGAUUACUCAGACACACCACAUGUUCCAGAUGUUUAUAGCUUUGAUGAGGACAGCAGUGAUGCAUUAUCAUCACAGCAGCCCGACAGUCAACCAUCUCCUCCCCAAACGUUGCCCUCCCCAAAGGAAUCAAGAGGAGCUGAGGUUUCAAAUGCAUCCUCUGACCGCAGCCCUUCUCUGCAGUUCUCUCAAACAUGUUGCCCUCAGCCAUCAUCAGAUGUCUCUACUUCAGACAAACACAGCAGCCAGGGAGCUCAUCAGCCCAACACUGCGGCUGUACAAUCCGUUUCAGCAGGACCAGUGCUUGUGAAACAAACAUUGGCGAAGCUAUCUGCAGACAAAUGCCGCAGCAAAAAGAGCAAAGAACUCAAGCCACGGGUUAAAAAGCUGAAGUAUCAUCAGUACAUCCCUCCUGACCAGAAGCAGGAGCUCAGUGAAGUGCCUAUGGACUCUUAUUAUGCUCGUCUCCUGCAGCAGCAGCAGCAGUUCCUGCAGCUCCAGAUCCUAAGCCUGCAGCAGCAGAAGUACAACUCCCAAACUGCACCCGUCACACUGAACAUGUCUACAAAUGAGAUACAGACCAGCUGCUCAGCUCUUGUUCUUAGAGGAAGCUCUCCAUCUGUUCCUGUGCUGUUCCACCAUACCAACACAAAGUCGGAUCAGUUACCGGCUAAUAUCGAUGAAAUGAAGGUCGCUGAGCUGAAAAUGGAGCUAAAACUCAGAUCUCUGCCAGUUUCUGGGACCAAGACAGACCUAAUAGAGAGGCUCAAGCUGUUUCAUGAGAAUACUAAAACCCAGCAUGUUGCUUCCAUGGAGUCAGGAGUCACCUCAGAAAACUCACAGUCUGAAAGCAUACAUUUAACGCCGCCUGUUUCCCUUAUAGCUUCCAAAGUCUCCAAACUGGGUAUAGAAGAUAUUAAAAUGACUGACAUUCCUAUGAAGUCAGUAGCAGAGGCUUCGUAUGAUGCUGCUCUGAAUUCAAGCCCCUCAAAGGAAACCCAACAUGAAGAGGGUCCAACACAUCCGAAGGUCAACGAGAAGGACUGUGAAAAAGACAAACGUCUACAUGAGAAGGAGCUUCAGAUAGAGGAACUGAUGAGAAAGCUGGAGCAGGAGCAGAAGCUAGUUGAGGAGCUAAAGAUGCAACUGGAGGUGGAAAAAAGAAGCCAACAGAGUGAUUCCCCCCCUCAUCUCAGCUUGCUGGUACCAAUCCAAAUAAAAGAGGAAAACAGGAGUCUUUCAAACUGCUCAGUGGCUUGCAGCUCUCCUGGUCUGCAUGUGCAGAUCAAGCAGGAGGAACCAUGCGAUCAUGGCUUCAGAACCAGUCCAAAUCAGUUCGUCAUUGGCCACGAGACCAACACAAAGGCUGAAAACCUGCAGUCUGUCCAAGUCCUCCUGCCCACAUCCCUUUCUGGCUCAGCAGACACUGUGGAAGUCCCUGCCAAAGGCAUUAAAUUACACACCGCCGUUAACAACACAGCUCCAGGCUGCAUCCAGGGAUCUGGACAUGAGCCACAGAAAUCAGCAGCACCACAGCAGCAACCCAGCACUCACACCCCACAUUUGACAGAGACGUGGGGAACAGAUACCAAGGGGCAAGGCUUUCUCAGUGCAUUCCUGAUGUCUGGAUGUGAGAGUCCCUCCUCUCAACAAGUUCCACAAGAAGGGCUUAAAACAAAGCAAACAGCUUUUACAAAUCACACAUCAAAGCCCAAAGACCCACCUCGUUAUGAGGAUGCAGUUAAACAGAGACGCAGCAUGAUAACAACUGCUCAGGGUCCGACAGCAGCAUGUCAGCAGAUGGAUGACCUAUUCGACGUGUUGAUUGAAAGUGGAGAGAUCUCACCUCUCAUCAGGCAGGAUCCUUCCAGCCUGGAAAAGCCUCUCCCUGUCACAGCCAGCGUUACCGCCCUUCCCAUCAACACAGUUCUGACCCGUCCUCCACCUUUAGUCCAGGUGGCUCAGCUGCCUGGAGUACCGCUCCUCUCACCAGGAAACAACCUGGAAACCCUUGCAGAUGAUACGGAGGUUCGGAGUCUGAAGCUGAUGGAGGACUUGAACUCACCUUUGGUCCACAUGGAGCUGAACUUCAGUGAAAGCAUGCCACCCUCUGGUGUGAACCUGCAAAACACUUCUGUGGACAGUAUGGAUUGGCUGGACCUCACCCUCUCUGUGCCUGAUGAUGGGAUUAACCCUUUGGACAUGUCAGUGCAUGGGGCCGUCUUCUCUUCUGACUUCCUGGAUUCUCACUUGAACUGGGACUGAGUAACCAAAGAGUGAAUGUGGACUUUAUCUUUUUUUUUUUUUUUAUAAACAGAGGUUGACGAACUGCACUUCUUGCAGUCUGUAAAAGCUAUAAAUAUUUGAGGAGAAAAU